AUGGCCUCCCAGAUGGAUGCCUUCUUGGAGGAAUGCUCGCGAUCGGGCGACGCUGCCCAUGCCGCCCUCAAGUCCUUGCUUGAGAGGCUUGAGAACUCGGACGCCCGAACCGAGGCCAGAGUCUUUCUCGCCGACGUUCAACGACGGUUUCACUCAAGGAGGGCUGAUCGAUGCUUCCAGGACUAUCACUUUCGCAUCCACGACGUUGUGCUUAAUGACUUUGAAGGCUACCAGAAAAGGAAAAAGCUCACGAUGAUAGAAAUCCCGAGUAUAUUUAUCCCAGAAGACUGGUCCUUCACAUUUUAUGAAGGGAUAAAUCGGCACCCGGACUCCAUUUUUAAAGACAAGACGAUUACUGAGUUAGGCUGUGGCAAUGGAUGGAUAUCCAUCGCCAUUGCUGAAAAAUGGUCACCUUCAAAGGUUUAUGGUCUUGAUAUAAACCCGAGGGCUAUCAAAGCUGCAUGGAUUAACUUGUACCUAAAUGCAUUGGAUGAAAAUGGGCUUCCCAUAUAUGAUGGAGAGGGCAAAACUUUGCUUGACAGAGUGGAAUUUCAUGAAUCAGACCUUCUCGCCUAUUGCAGAGAUAAAAAAAUAGAACUUGAUCGAAUUGUUGGAUGUAUACCUCAGAUUCUCAAUCCAAAUCCAGAGGCCAUGUCAAAGAUGAUUACUGAAAAUGCAAGCGAGGAAUUCUUGUAUUCCUUGAGUAACUAUUGCGCUCUUCAGGGUUUCGUUGAAGACCAGUUUGGCUUAGGUCUAAUUGCUAGGGCUGUAGAGGAGGGAAUUGCCGUCAUAAAACCCAUGGGUAUCAUGAUCUUUAAUAUUGGAGGCCGUCCAGGACAAGGUGUCUGCAAGCGACUGUUUGAGCGCCGUGGUUUCCAUAUAACAAAGCUCUGGCAAACAAAAGUCAUGCAGGCCGCAGAUACUGACAUUUCUGCUUUAGUUGAAAUCGAGAGAAACAGUCACCAUCGAUUUGAGUUCUUUAUGGGGCUUGUUAGUGAUCAGCCUAUUUGUGCCCGGACUGCUUGGGCUUAUGUUAAUUCUGGUGGACGAAUUUCACAUUCUUUGUGUGUGUAUAGUUGCCAACUUCGGCAACCAAACCAUGUGAAAGUAAUAUUUGAUUUUCUGAAAAAUGGCUUCGAAGAGGUUGGCAGCUCCUUGGACUUGUCAUUUAAUGAUGAUUCUGUGGCUGAUGAAAAGAUACCAUUUCUAGCUUAUCUUGCUAGUGUCUUGAAGGAGAAUUCAUUUCUUCCUUAUGAGCCUCCUGCUGGAAGUAUAUAUUUUCGUAACCUUAUCUCCAGGUUUAUGAAGAGUUAUCAUCAUAUUCCAUUGACUACUGAUAAUGUCAUAGUAUUCCCGUCAAGGGUUACAGCAAUAGAAAAUGCUCUCAGGCUGUUCUGUCCACGGCUUGCCAUCGUUGAUGAACAUUUGACAAGACAUUUGCCCAAGAAAUGGUUGACAUCUCUGGUGAUGGAGGGUAAGGAAGAUAAAAAUACGGAAGAUGGCAUUACUGUAAUUGAGGCCCCAAAUCAAUCAGAAUUGAUGAUUGAGCUGAUAAAGAAGCUAAAACCACAGGUUGUCAUAACUGGGAUUGCUCAUUUUGAAGCAAUUACUAGCGCUGCCUUUGAAAGUCUACUAAGUACUACUGCAGAUAUUGGUUCCCGACUUUUCCUUGACAUAUCUGAGCAUCUUGAGCUGUCUAGCCUGCCUGGGUCUAAUGGGGUCUUGAAAUAUCUUGCUAGAAAUGUUCUCCCUUCCCACGCGGCUAUCUUAUGUGGUUUUGGUGAAAAAAAUCAGGUUUAUUCUGAUUUGGAAGUAGCAUUUAUAAUUUCUGAAGAUGAAGCCAUCUUCAAGGCAUUAUCAAAGACUGUGGAGUUACUAGAAGGCCAUACGCCUCUGAUUAGCCAGUACUAUUAUGGUUGUCUCUUUCAUGAGCUGUUGGCAUUUCAGAUUUCUGACCGGCAUCCACCAGAACAGAGGGAAUCUUCAGAUAAAAAGCCUGUGAAAAUGAUAGAUUUUGCAAGUUCUGCAAAUUCCACCCUGAAUAGUGCUGAGCUAUCUAUAAAUGGAGAGAAGGAAUCUCCAAUUAUUCACAUGGAUGUUGGUCAAAGCUUCCUACCAUUACCUUCACCUGUGAAGGCUUCAAUUUUUGAGAGCUUUGCGCGGCAGAAUAUGAUCGAGUCUGAAACUGAUGUUCGCUCUGGAAUCCAAGAGCUAGUCAAGAAUAAGUAUGGGUUCCUGUCUGAUAGUUCUUCUGAAGUCAUAUAUGGAAAUUCUCCUUUGGCUCUUUUCAACAGGCUUGUCCUUUGUUGUGUUCAAGAAGGUGGCACCUUUCUUUUCCCCUCAGGUGCAAAUGGUAAUCAUGUAUCUGCAGCGAAGUUCAUGAAAGCAAAUGUUGUUACUAUACAAACCCAGGCAGAAGAAGGGUUUAAAAUUGCACCAAAGGCACUUGUUAGCUUGCUGGGGACAGUGAAAAAGCCCUGGCUGUAUAUUUCUGGCCCUACUGUGAACCCUACUGGCAUGCUCUACAGCAACAAAGAGAUCCAACAAAUACUUUUCAUUUGUGCUGACAUGGGAGUUAGAGUGGUGAUCGAUACAUCUUUUUCAGGACUGGAAUUCCGAGAAGGCUGGGGUGGAUGGGACCUGCAACAAAGUUUGUCUCAUAUCAAGUGUGCAAACUCAUCCUUUUGCAUGUCUUUGAUUGGAGGACUAUCAUCUAAGUUGUUGACUGGAGGGCUUGAGUUUGGAUUUUUAAUACUGAACCACCCAUCAUUGGUUGAUUUAUUUUAUGCCUCCCCAAGCUUGAGCAGGCCACACAGCACAAUCAGAUAUGCCAUAAAGAAGUUGCUUGGUCUCAGGGAGAAAAAGGAUCAAUGCUUCUCUGAGGCUAUCAGCCAACAGAAGGAGAUUCUAAGAACUCAAUCUGAGCAGUUGAUCAAGGUACUCGAGAGCUGUGGAUGGGAUACUAUUGCUUGCAAUGGAGGUGUGUCAAUGGUGGCAAAACCAACAGCUUAUCUUGGAAAUAUUCUUAAAAUAGAAGGCUUUGAGGCCAAGCUUGAUGACUUCAAUUUCAGGGAAGCCAUUUUCCGUGCCACAGGUUUGUGCAUUAACAGUGGUUCAUGGACAGGCAUACCUGGCUACUGCCGAUUCAGCAUUGCUUUAGAAAGUUCAGAGUUCGAAAAGGCACUGAAAUGCAUAAUGCAGUUCAAGAAUUUGGUUCUUGGGAGUUAAACGUGUGCUCGGUUUUCACAGCUUGGUUAUUGCCGUAAUUGUGUGAGUUCAAUAACAAAGUUUUGUGCAGGUCUUCACAAAUGGAAAGCCCCUGUACUUGAUCAUAUUUUUCCGAAUGAUGUUCUGGCAGCUAGCUUAUCGGAAAUCUUAGGCUUAACUAAUCAACACUUUGGCACAUAAAAUACAUCAAUUAUACA